AUGGUGAAUGAGGCUCCUGCAUCGUUACCCGUCCCAGAGUCGCGCUCGAUCCAUGCUGUGUCCUGCGACACCGAUCCUCAGCGCCCACCCGCCAUUCGCUCGGUCUCACUUCCUACACCCGAAGAUGCGCCACAGGAUACCAGUGGCCGAUCUUUAAGCACCAGCUCCGCGUCGCCUAGUCAUCUUGCCCGCCCCGCCACGGCCGUCGCGGGUGUAAAUUUCUCGAGGAGGCACGAUGGAUUGAGACCGUCGACAUCUGGGGGAGAUGGAACCCGCUCGUUGAGAUCGGAGGGCAGCCGCUCUGAUGCGCCCUCGCUUUGCAGCGUGCCCAGCAUUGUGAUCAAUGAUGCGGCCCCCCGCCCUAGCUCGCGACCCGGCUCCCGGCCGGGGUCUCGCUGGUCGGAGCGCAAAUGGCCUGGGCUGAGGAAGAGAUCGGUAGAAUUGGAACGGGACAUGGACACGGAAGAGCCACCACCGGUGCCUAGGAUUGAGCCCUCGUUCAGUGGCAUCAGCAUGGAUAUCCCGACGGGAUCUUUGGGCGGAUUGGGACAAACGAUGAAGUUCUCUACUCGCGGCAGCCUAAUCAAGAAGGAUAAAAAACGUCCACAUCCAGGACCUAGACCUGAGCAGGUAUCAGAGGAGCCCAGUGACGAGCGCUCUGAGAUGAGCUCCGGACCCCCAUCCGAGCGACAAUCCAUACAGCAAGACAUUGAUAUCACGCCGAGCCCUUCCCCUGCCGUGGAAGAGCUGGAGCCCGAGAAAGAAAUGCCGAAGGUGACCCCGCGACCUCCGAGGCCGCAAAGCACGCUCCGCCCAAGACAGUCGAGUCUUCAGAGUAGAGCUAUUUCUGCCGAUGAGGACAUGUUGUCCCGCCGAGUUCGGCUCAUGUACGAGAAAGGCGAUGACAACGUCACGGACUCGGACGUGGUCAGAGCAAUGGCAAAUGAUAACGGCGUGCUCUGGGAAGAGGGUACACCUGACGCAGAAACUGUCUCGAUCGCUGGCCCCAACUUGACUUUACAGAACAGUAAUUCUGAGUCGAAUGGCAGGGCAUCUGCCGAGGUGGAACGCAUCAGAAUGAAGCGUGAAACCCAGGAGUUGGCAGGUGGAAUUGAAGAUUGGCAAGAUGUUGGUGCAGGGCAGGUAGAUCGCUAUGGCUUCAUCCACGCACCUCCGGAUAGCACCGAGCCUCAUCCUAUCCAACGAGUCACAACGAGUUUACUACUUGCCUCUGAAGCGCCCCGCCGCAAGCGCUCCAUUCGACCUCCGUCUGCAAUGGCCAGUAACCGAUCUUUCAAUGGCCGUUCUCCAACCCGCAAGGGGUCCCAAAGUUCCACCGGACCCCGUCCAACCUCCUCCGCAAGCACGAUUAGUGCGCCAGUACGGCGCUCGACAUCCCGUCUACGUUCUGCCACCAAUCGCCUCCCUCACAAUAGAGACCGAAAGUUCACUGACGAGGCAGCUGAUAUGCUCACCCUUCCAGCGGAGGCUGCUACUGGCGAUGGGCAAGAUACACCUAUUGCCCGAGCAGCUCGCAAAAAAGAAUGGCAGCGUGAGGACAAAUGGACCAAGAUGGCGAAACCAACCAAGAAAAGCGGGAAUGGUGGCGGCAUGUCAUUCGAAUUCGACACAACGAGCUCGAAAUUGAUUGAGCGGACUUGGAAGGGCAUCCCAGAUCGGUGGCGAGCAACCGCCUGGUACUCUUUCCUUGCAACCAGCGCAAAACGGCACGCGGACAGUCCGUCCGAGGAUGAUCUUAUCGAUGCUUUCCACGAGUAUCAGUACGUCUCUUCCCCAGACGAUCUCCAAAUUGAUAUCGACGUGCCGCGCACCAUCACGAGUCACAUCAUGUUCCGACGGCGAUAUCGUGGUGGGCAAAGACUGCUCUUCCGAGUCCUUCACGCCAUGUCAUUGUACUUCCCGGAUACUGGCUACGUGCAAGGCAUGGCUGCUCUCGCCGCAACCCUGUUGGCCUAUUACGACGAGGAGCACGCAUUUGUCAUGCUUGCCCGGCUCUGGCGACUGCGCGGCCUCGAGGAGCUAUAUCGGUCUGGUUUUGCCGGACUGAUGGAAGCUUUGGACGACUUUGAGCGAGAGUGGCUUGCUGGCGGUGAAGUAGCCAUCAAGUUGACCGAAGUUGGAAUUCCACCUACUGCUUAUGGUACUCGUUGGUACUUGACUUUGUUCAACUAUUCCAUCCCCUUCCCCGCCCAGCUUCGGGUCUGGGAUGUUUUCAUGCUUCUUGGAGAUUCCGAAGACCUUUCUGCUCCCACGAGGCCAAGCACAUCCUCCAGCAAAGGAGGGAAGAAGGAACCUGGUACAUUCGGCCAGGGUCUUGAUGUGCUUCACGCCACCUCGGCCGCGCUUAUUGACGGCAUGCGCGACAUAAUCCUCGAGUCUGACUUUGAAAACGUCAUGAAAGUCCUGACCAGCUGGGUCCCAAUCAAGGACAUCGAGCUGUUCAUGCGUGUCGCCAAAGCGGAAUGGAAAGUUCACCGCCGCAAAAAUACCCACCACUAA